UCUCUAGAACCUUCUCUUCUCUCCCCUUAUAAUUUCAUUUCUCUCUCCUCCACGCCUCAAUCUCUCAACUCAAAACUCAACAUUUUCUGAAGAAAGUCGCAAACUUUACCCAAAACCCAGUUUCUAAUUUUAGCAACAAAAUCAAAAAUAUCUACUUUUGUUUCUCGAAAGUUACGAAAUUCAUACAAUCUAGCUUAUCUCUGAGCUUAUGGAUUUGAGAUAAACAACGAAAAUGGAAGAACUGAAAGUGGAAAUGGAGGAAGAAACGGUGACGUUUACUGGUUCUGUAGCGGCUUCUUCAUCUGUAGGAUCCUCUUCCUCUCCUAGACCAAUGGAAGGGCUUAACGAAACAGGGCCACCACCGUUUCUGACUAAGACUUACGAAAUGGUGGAAGAUCCGGCGACGGACACGGUGGUUUCUUGGAGUAAUGGUCGUAACAGCUUUGUGGUGUGGGAUUCUCAUAAGUUCUCAACAACUCUCCUUCCACGUUACUUCAAGCAUAGCAAUUUCUCAAGUUUUAUUCGUCAGCUCAAUACUUAUAUGGGUUUCCUAUGAGUCUUCAGCUAUAAAGGGAUUCAGAAAGAUUGAUCCAGAUAGAUGGGAAUUUGCAAAUGAAGGGUUUUUAGCAGGACAAAAGCAUCUCUUGAAGAACAUCAAAAGAAGGAGGAACAUGGGUUUGCAGAAUGUGAAUCAGCAAGGAUCUGGGAUGUCAUGUGUUGAGGUUGGGCAAUACGGUUUCGACGGGGAGGUUGAGAGGUUGAAGAGGGAUCAUGGUGUGCUUGUAGCUGAGGUAGUUAGGUUGAGGCAACAGCAACACAGCUCCAAGAGUCAAGUUGCAGCUAUGGAGCAACGGUUGCUUGUUACUGAGAAGAGACAGCAGCAGAUGAUGACGUUCCUUGCCAAGGCGUUGAACAAUCCGAACUUUGUUCAGCAGUUUGCGGUUAUGAGUAAAGAGAAGAAGAGUUUGUUUGGUUUGGAUGUGGGGAGGAAACGGAGGCUUACUUCUACUCCAAGCUUGGGGACUAUGGAGGAGAAUUUGUUACAUGAUCAAGAGUUUGAUAGAAUGAAGGAUGAUAUGGAAAUGUUGUUCGCUGCAGCAAUCGAUGAUGAGGCGAAUAAUUCGAUGCCUACUAAGGAGGAACAAUGUUUGGAGGCUAUGAAUGUGAUGAUGAGAGAUGGUAAUUUGGAAGCAGCGUUGGAUGUGAAAGUGGAAGAUUUGGUUGGUUCGCCUUUGGAUUGGGACAGCCAAGAUCUACAUGACAUGGUUGAUCAAAUGGGUUUUCUUGGUUCGGAACCUUAACUAUACGGUAUUAACACAUCUACUUGUUGCGGUCUAAGUUAUGGUAAUGCUACCACUUUUAUUUACUAGUUGAAUUGUUUGUUUGUUUGUUUUGACUCAAGGAAGAGUCAUUGAGUGUGGUUUGUUGUACAUUUGUGUUUUCUUGUUCUGAUGAAUAAAAAACUCUGAUUUCGUUUGACAAUUUUAAUGGUUGUUUGUUUUUCCUUCUCCAGACCUUAGAAGCAUGAGAUGGAGCUGCGAUAAGAGUAUCAAGCUCCGUGUCUACUUAUCUUAGUACUCACUUUGGUCAACAUUUAGGAGUUUAUGUAAUUAGUAACUUUUGCUAAGCUUUCUUAGAGAAAAGAGGUCAUGAUACUAAGAAAGUAUUUCUUUGAAUGUAACACUUUUAAUUUUGAAGUUCAUAAAAUUUACAAACUUGUUGAUCUAGUUACUUGGGACAUAAUUGGAACUAAAUGGCCUGUGUGAUAUUUUUGUAGAUCAAGUUCCUGCUGCAUCCUAGUCCUAUGUAACAACUCACGACAACUUCAAAAAAAGAAAAAUGUUAAAUUAGAUUCAAGAAAAAAUAACUCAUGACA